AUGCAUGUGAUGCUGAUUACGGCCAGUCGGCUGAGAGGCGGUUGCGUUAGUCUAAAGCUGUUGAUCGCUAAGAAGAGACAAUAUUCCGAUGCGAAGAUGGAUGGUCUGGAUCAGGACAGCAUCACCAAUAAGUCGGCAUUCAUGGACAUCCAACAACAAGCAGCUGCUGCGGGCCUGACUAUGCCUCACCACCAGGCAUACAGUUCCAUCAGGUCUUCAUACUCCGCUCAAAACACAGCUCACGAGGCAUUCGCUGCGGGACAGCAACGAUCGUUAGGUGCAUAUCCCUUCUCAAUGAAUAACUCACAGCUUCAUAACACAUACUCUCAUCACACCGGACACCCAUAUCUCAGCACUUAUCCACCAAACGUGACUACAUGUGCUCCCUGUCCAUCACCUCCAAGAGAUGAUAAGAGUGGUCUGGAAGAGACACUGCGAGUGAACGGAAAGGGCAAGAAAAUGCGAAAACCCCGAACCAUUUACUCGAGUCUUCAGCUCCAACAACUCAAUAGACGAUUUCAAAGGACCCAAUACUUAGCACUACCAGAGCGAGCAGAACUGGCAGCAUCUCUAGGCCUAACCCAAACACAGGUGAAGAUCUGGUUUCAGAACAGACGGAGUAAAUACAAGAAGAUGUUGAAGGCUCAGCAGUCGGGAGGUUCGGGCCCUCCCGGAGGCCAGAGCGGCAACUCUCAGGGCGGUCCCGGUAACUCAUCGGGAACUUCGGCCAAUUCAUUAGGACCGCCAACAGCCGCCUCGACACCUCAAACACCUCCCGAGACGCCGGAAACUCAUUCGCCGCCAAGCGUUGGUCCGCCGCCACUGCUGCCGGUGGGCCCGGGAGGCACGUCAGUACCGGGCAGUAACUCGUCGAUCGCCACAGCAGUGAGUCCGCCGGCUAUGAGUCCGCCCAUCACGGCCUGGGAUAUGGGUUCAGCCAAGGCGGCGGCGAUGAGUAACAGUUAUAUGCCUCAGUACUCGUGGUAUCACCAUCAACACGACCCCUCUAUGAACCAGCAAUUGCUUACAUAACCAAAUGCUGGCCAAUAUCUCAUAAAUUGAAAACUAUUAUUAAAUAUAUUGAUCUGAUCUGUGAUUCAAGCGUUGAAUUACUUGAUUAUAUUCUAUUGAAUUCUAUACUUCAUUCAAAUGACUGUUCACAACCUCCCGGACCAUACAUAGCGAGCAAAACAUCACAUGUGAGGCCAGGCCGGGAAGGAAGCAGUUAAGGCUACAGUUCCGACAGGUCUGCCACUCAGUACUAACCAAAGCUCUAUUCAAUAGCACUGAUACCACUGGCGCCUGUACUCCGAGUGCGAGCCCUCAAACAUUUAGUUAUAAAUUGUCUUUUGAACUGAAUAUCCUUUUGUAUAAAACAAAUCUCUGUAUAUAAUAAUAAUAUUAAUAAUAAUAAAUUAAUUCGUGUUCAUUCAAAAUAUUAUCAUUCACUCAAUAAAUAAAGAAGUUUUGAAAUCAAA